CGCGAACAUGGCGCUGCGAGCGGCAUGGAGUGCCCGGGCAGCCGUCUGCAGCCUGCACUCCGCCCACACGUUGCUGCGGCCCUGGGCACUGCGGGCGGGCGCUGUCCGGGCACUGAGUACGGGCUCAGCCCGGCUCUCGGUGCGUAAAUUCACAGACAAUUAUGAAUGGAUAACAACAGAAAAUGGUAUUGGAACAGUGGGAAUCAGCAAUUUUGCACAGGAAGCUUUGGGAGACGUUGUUUACUGUAGUCUACCUGAAGUUGGGACAAAACUGAACAAGCAAGAUGAGUUUGGUGCUUUGGAAAGUGUGAAAGCUGCUAGCGAACUCUAUUCCCCUCUCUCAGGACAAGUGACUGAGAUCAAUGAAGCUCUUGCCGAAAAUCCAGGACUUGUCAACAAAUCUUGUUAUGAAGAUGGUUGGCUGAUCAAGAUGACACUGAGUAACCCUUCAGAACUAGAUGAACUGAUGAGUGAAGAAGCAUAUGAGAAAUACAUAAAAUCUAUUGAGGAGUGAAAGUAGAAUCCCUUAAUAAAUGGAAACAACUUAAAAAAAAAAAAGAAAAGAAA